AAUCCGCUGUUUCAAUAAGCCGUACGUAACACAUAGACGUAACAUCAUAACUCCGCGUGACUAUACGGAUAUAAUCCCCCAGCCCGCGGCGAGGGAUGCAAAGCUUCUUCUUCCCCGCUCGUAUGAAGAGCCCUGCACUAUGUAUCUCCACUAUCGCUUUCACCCUCACAAUAAUUCCUUCUUGCUGCAGCUAGUAGCACGCACAUACUGACGUAAAUCUAAGAUCCUUCUAUUUACAAUGUCACGGGUUGUGGCACUAGGGCCAAAAGGCAACGAAUGGAGCUACGACAAAGACGCCAGGGCUUAUGACCUUACUCGUGGGGCUUCCCCGUUGGCAUUUACUCUUCGCACGACCAAGGGUCCUACGGACACUUCGAUUACGUUGGCCCCGAGUCUGAGUGCUCUAGUGGUGGUUGAUAUGCAGAACUUCUUUCUUCAUCCGAGUUGCAGUAAUCACCCCACUGGUCUAGUUGCUGCAGAACGCACUCUUGAACUUAUUAAGAAAUGUCGUGAGGUUGGCAUUAAAAUUAUUUGGUUAAACUGGGGGUUAAAUGAUGGAGACCUUGAAAAUAUGCCAGCAGCUACAGAGCGAAGCUUCAACAAGAGCCUAGUCGCAACGCCUUUAGACGACAGGCGGACCAGAGUCGGCUUUGACUCUGACUUAGGAGAAGGUAGAGGUCGACUACUGAUGGAGGAGUCAUGGAAUGCAGCGCUGUAUGGCGCUCUGCAUGACGCCGCGAGCGACUCAGAUACUUUUUGCAGCAAGAACCGCAUGUCGGGCUUUUGGCAUAGCGAGACACCGCUCGCGAAAGCGUUAGUCUCCGGUGGCUUUCGGUCUCUCUUGUUUGCCGGCGUAAACACAGACCGAUGCGUCUUGGGGACCCUGGUUGACGCAUAUAAUCGCGGUUACGACUGCAUUAUGGUCGAGGACUGCUGCGCGACGACAACUCCAGGAGGUCAGGAGGUUACUAUCUACAAUACCGCAGAGAUAUACGGGUUUGUAAUUGAUAGUAAGAGCGUUAUUACGGGUAUGCUCAGCACCGAGGCGCAUAUAUAAGCAUCACAAAUCAAGAAAUGCUAUGAAAGGACUUUGUUGUGAUGUUAUUUGGCCUACCGGCCCUUCUUGACCUUCGCCCUAAUAGGACAUGCGAGGGCAUCUACAGCUUUGUUUCGCUAGGGUUUAUGUGGCUCAAGUAUCAAAUUGGCAACUCCGCAGCUUAGAGGUAGUCAGCUGUACCCAAGAAUUGCUGUUCUAGGCUGGAGUCGCUCUAACCCAUGGUUCUGGUUCUCGCACUAAUUCAAAAUCGCGGCACAGUCGCUUUACGCGCGCUGUCGGUUGAUCUUAAGCUGGAGAAAGAGGAGUGUAAAAGCCUAUCAUGGUACCUAGGUACCUAGGGUUAAGACGUUACGGGAUUCUAGUGUGUUGGGCAUGAGGCAGCUGGUGAGCGGCCAGAGGCUUAUCAGCGACGAUCAUGUUUAUACAGAACGUCUAAGAAAAAAAAAGAAAAAGAAAAAAAAAAAAAAGAUAGGCGUACUAUUUCCAAAGUAGCUGCCUAGCGAAUAUUUUGACUGACUCCUUACUGUUUUAGCAACUUAGCAGGAAUAUCACAGAACUUUUCUUCAAUAACACUCCCUUUUCGUAAUGGCGAGAGG